AACAGCCGAAGCUGCAUCCCAGCAGUGACCGUAUGCCCGGGCUGUAACGUACGGGACGCCAACAGGGCAGAAGUUAAUCUAAGUCCCGGAGGCAGUUCCCGGACCGAGCAUGGCAUCCUCAAACUCUGAAGAUCAGGGGAGUGCCUCCAACAACUUCCUUCCCCAGAAUUCCAGUAACUACAUAUCCUUGGACUUUGAACCUAACAUGGAGUACAGAUUUGUGGAACAAUUAGAAGAACGUUAUAAAUGUGCAAAGUGCCAUUCUGUCCUUCACAACCCACAUCAGACUGGCUGUGGACAUCGAUUCUGUGAGAACUGUAUUCUGUCUUUGAGAGAAUUAAAUGCAGUGUCCAUCUGUCCUGUAGACAAGGAGAUUAUCAAACCCCAGGAGGUCUUUAAAGAUAAUUGCUGCAAACGAGAAGUGCUCAACUUACAGGUUUUUUGCAAAAAUGCUCCCCGAUGUGCUGUCAAGAUGAUUCUGGGGCGAUACCAGGAUCACCUCCUACAGUGUUUAUUUCAAUCUGUGCAAUGUUCUAAUGAAUGCUGUCAAGAAAGAGUCCUUCGAAAAGAUUUGAAAGAUCACUUGGGUUUACAUUGUCAGUUUCGAAAGGAAACAUGUCCAUACUGCAAAAAAGAUAUAGUGGUGAUGAAUUUACAGAAUCACAAGGAAAAAUUUUGCCCAGAAUAUCCUGUAUCUUGUCCCAAUAACUGUUUACAGAUUAUUCCAAGAACUAAGGUUGAUGAGCAUAUUACUGUGUGUCCUGAGGUGGAACAAGAAUGCCCUUAUAAACAUUAUGGCUGUCCUGUGAAGGAAAAAAGAAUAAAUCUUAAGGAACAUGAAAAUUCUGCUUUAAGAGAACAUAUGCUCCUGGUUUUAGAAAAGAAUUCCAGAUUAGAAGAACAGAUUUCUGACUUGCACAAGAACUUAGAACUAAAAGAAAGUAAAAUUCAGCAGUUAAGUGAAACUGUAAAGAAAUUUGAAAAGGAGUUUAGGCAGUUUGUACAGCUGUUUGGCAAAAAUGGUAACUUGCUGGCAAGUACCCAGGUUCUUGCCAGUCACAUUGAUAAAUCUGCUUGGUUGGAAACACAAGUAAGGGAAUUAUUAGAAGUGGCUAACCAGCAGCAAAACAAAUUUCAUCUAAGACCCUUGAUGAAUACAAUUGAUACUAUAAAGGAGAAGAUCACUCUGCUGGAAACCUAUGACCAGAGAUUGGUCACUUUGGAAGACCAAACUAACAGACACGAUGUCCACAUUAAUGUUCAUAAAGCCCAACUGAAUAAAAAUGAAGAGCGAUUCAAAAUGUUAGAGGGUACUUGUUAUAAUGGCAAAUUGAUAUGGAAGGUGACAGAUUACAGGAUGAAAAAAAGAGAAGCAACUGAAGGCCGCACAGUAUCCAUAUUCAGCCAGCCUUUCUAUACCAGUCGCUGUGGCUACCGACUUUGUGCAAGAGCUUACUUGAAUGGGGAUGGAUCAGGGAAAGGGACACAUUUAUCAUUGUAUUUCGUGGUGAUGAAAGGGGAAUUCGACUCAUUGUUGCAGUGGCCUUUCAAGCAGAGGGUUACCAUGAUGCUUUUGGACCAGAGUGGGAAAAAGAACCACAUUACAGAGAUUUUCAAGGCUGACCCCAAUAGCAGUAGCUUUAAAAGGCCUGAUGGAGAGAUGAACAUUGCAUCUGGCUGUCCUCGCUUUGUGGCCCAUUCCACUCUGGAGAACAGCAAGAAUACCUACAUCAAAGAAGAUACAUUAUUUAUGAAAGUGGUGGUAGAUUUGUCUGACCUUGAGGACCUGUAAAAAGUACACAGAUUCACUGCUGUUUUGAUGAGAGAAGCUCUUGGCUUCACAAUAGUGAAGGCCAGACUUAAUUGCCAGAGUGAAGUGAAAUUCAAUGUAUUUCUAAGAUGUGUUUAGGUUUUUAUUCUCUCAAUACUUUAAAGCUAGAUAAAAAUGCUAAAAUUCUAGUCUGUCUUUUCUUAUCAAUAGGCUGAAUGUAUGUUCUAUUUUGAUUGUCAGAACACUCACUUUAUUCUUUUUCAUAUAUAUAUAUAUAUGUAUAUAUUUGUAGUUGAUGUAUAUACUUUUCUCUUCAAUUAGAUUGUGGGUUCCUUGAGGGCAGGACCUUUUGUCCCACCCACAAAGCACCCAUAAAGGUGCUUCUUAUUAUGUUUGUUGAUGAUGUUGCUAAUGAUGACUAUAAGAUAAAAAUAUGUUUGUAGAUCUGACUUUGCAACUGAGGAAAUGCCUUUUAUGACAAAUUAUUAUUUUGUAAAUGAGUGAUUUUACUACGGGUUUGAUAUCCAACUAGAACUAGAUCCUGUGGGACAACGUGAUAAACCUCUUGAUUACUUGAGCUUUAUUAAAAUUUUUAUGAAGCUCUUCAGUAAUCUAUAAGCAUAGUAGAAUAAGCCUACUGAAACAAAGGUAAAUGGGUGGAAUAUUUCCCCUUCCUUCCCAGGAUAGAGUAAAAAAGAUGCUGAAAGGAACAAAAAUAGGAUGAUAAAAUCUGUCCAGCUAAUAUUUAGCCCAAAAGGAGAAGAAUUUUAUGAUUACCUUUAGUUGGAAAUUAAGAAUUAAGGUUAAUAUAAUGAGAAACACUCUGAAAAAGAAUUACUUGGGAAGAGGGGAGAAUUUUGUAUAAUGAAAAGAGUAAAGAUAAUGAUGGUGUAGUCAUGUAGCAGAAGCCACGGAUAAUUAGUGACUGGGCAGUUCAUGUGCUCUAUUGGUAUCUUCAUAACAUUAAAAGAAAGCUAGGGAUAUCUCUAGCAUAUAUUGAGUAGAUUUUUUGUUGUGAAUUUUUGGGUACAGACGGACAGGAGUAUCACAGGAUAUUAAGGCAUGGAUGGAUUGAGUGCCUCAUUAGAUAUGAUCAUAGAUCCAUUUGAGUAUUGUUGAAAAAAAUAGAAUGAGAAGAUUUCAAAGGGGCUUUAAAAUGAAAAAUCUUGGGCAGCUAGAUGGCACAUUGGAUAGAGCACCAGCCCUGAAGUCAGAAAGACCUGAGUUCAAAUCCAGCCUCAGACACUUAUGUGACCCUAGGCAAAUCACUUAACCCCAAUUGCCUCAGCCAAAAAAAAAUGAAAAAAAUCAGUUUCAUUUGGGCAUUGACAGUGAUUUUUAAAAUAGUACACCUAUCAAAUACUGAUUUCAAAAAGUGAUGGUUUUUGAGAAGACUGGAAUUCAAAAGUGGUAUUAUGGAUAUUGUACUGACUCAAGUCAGGAAAAUCUGGGUUCAAAUCCAAAUUCUAUCACUUAUUAGCUAUGUGACCGUGGUCAAAUCAUUUAAGCUUUAUGAGCUUCAGUUUCCUCAUUUGCAAAAUGGGGAUAGUACCUAUAGAACCUACCUCAUGGGCUUGUUAGGAAGAGGAAAUAAUAUAUAUCAGGUGUUUGGCACAUUUUGAAAUGUUUAUAAAUGUCAGUUAUUAUGUGAAAAUGGACAUAAUAGGAACGCAUAAAACUUAUUUGCACCAUCCUUAAUUAUUUACUGACAAACUUUGUAGAGAAUAGAAAGGAUUAAAGUUCUCAUGCACAUGUGUGUCUUAAGAGUGAAUACAGAUUUAGAUAUAGUGGAAAGAGUAUUUAUUCUUCUGCCAAAGAAUGACACUUUGCUUGACUACAAUAUCCCCUGUAGCCUUGUUAUAUGCCAUAUUUUCUUAUAUUGUUUUAAAAUGUCUGUUUUUACAAAUGCCUGCAAAGGACACUUUUGUAUGCAAAAGAUACUUUCUUCAUAUUAGAAGGUAAAUAGCUCAAUGGUGUCAAGAUAAUAAUGGCCUACAAAAUAAUAACUACAGUAUCAACUUUAAAAAAUGCCAACUGUGGACGACUGAUGGAAACCAUAGUCACUUCCUGUAAAACAUUAAGAUGUUGAAAAGAGUUGUGAAGCGGUUUUUAGAAGGGUCAAACUAUUUAUAAAAACAUAUGGAAACAGCAGCCUUUGACUGAAGAAUCCCUGUGUAACUUCUGGUGAAUUGUGUUGUGUUUUGUGGAUUUAUAAUGUGAACAAAUGCUCUUAGACAGACUUUGAAAGUAUUUUAUUAUUUUUUAAUUCAUAUUAAGCCCAGGUGGCUAAUAUUAUUUAUGAUGAUUUUUCAGUGUUGUUUUUUUCUUUGGUCACAUUUUUUAAACCACAGUUGUCUGUUCUGAGGGGUCAUGAAAACAUGUUUAUCAUGAGUUCAGUGUAAAGUAAAAAACUUAAGUGUUUGGCAAAAAGCUCUUUUCAUCAAAUUACAUAUAAAAAGUCUAAUUUUGGACUGAUUUGUUUAUUGGUUCAAACUGCCAUUAAUCAGUAUUAAAAUAAGGUAUUUUUAAAAUUGUUAGAAAAUUUAUCAUAUUUGUUGACAAAUUAAAAGUAAACUGUGCUUUUAAAAAGA